CAUGAGCUCGGGGGAAGGAGAGGACGUGUGUAAGGACGGAGCAGAUGUAGCAGCGCUCUUUAGAGCCGACUGUUCUCUUCCCAAGUGUGAACCCAAGCUUGAUUUAGCGGGACACACAGCUAAGACCAGUUUGGUUUGGAAUCUGUCCAUCACAGAUCCUCCCUUCACAUCACGGUUCCCAUGGUGAAGAUGUGCCAUGUGCUCAGAAGGCUGUAAUAUGGAAAUGACAGCUCCUUCACUGAAACUGACAAGAUCAGAGGCCAUGCCUCCUUCACCAGGAUUGAAGAAAACACUUUGGGGCAUGCUGUUAUAGGAAAAUAAUCAAAGACGGUGUGGUGUGGCCUCAUGUGAAACGGAGUUACUGUUAUCAUCCUGUUUUUUUCUUCUUAUACCACAACAAUUUGCCAAUGAUUACAGUUUUUUGCUUAUUAAUGACCAACAAUGACUAACCCGCUUUUUAUCUGUUUAUAGUUACAGUUAAUGUUGUGGGAUAUCAGAGAAACAAAUCCACUUAUGAAAUAGCAGCUAUAGACUGUAGUUCCAUCACUUCCUCUUGAAGUCAGUAAGAAGUUAACAAGAAAUGGCAAAGUACAAAUUCCUUUGUCCUUAGACUUUCCUGUGGUGAAAAACAUAACAGAAUAGCUUUAUAACUGACUCUUACAAAAUACUGACACUGGAGACUCCUUCCAAAAAUGCUGAAUAAACAUCUCAUCUCAAUAUGAGGAAUUAGAUGUUUUCCUUUGUUGCAACAAAAUUUAAAAUCUGUGUACAAGUCCCUGUAAUUUAACUGUUAAUAUGUAAACAUUCAUGUAUUGUCAUAUUGCAAUGAGUGCAUUAAUAAAUUAUAAACUUGUAAAUUGUCUGCGAGCUGGAACUACUGUCAGAAUCCAAAAGUCAACAGUGUAGUGGUGUAAGUAACAAUUAUCUAAUAAUCAGGCAAUCUCAUAAUCCCCCAAACACAAAUCAUUGCAUUUAUUUUAUGCUAUAUGAGUAAUUUGUCCAUAUUGUCCAACACUUAACCGAUUGUCAGAACUGGCGAAAGGCAGAAAUAACAAGAUUCGCAUAAUAAUGAGUGAGAAUCUAUUCACGAUUGAUUCCUGAAGUGCUCGCUUUACACCAACCAUGGCCUUUUAAUGGAUAUAUUGCUACAUGAAUAGUCCCGGUGUAAUUAUGACAUUCACUGCAAAUUUGGCUUCCACACUUAAUUUUCAACAGCAUAUAAAAUAGCACUUGAUCCAGCAUAUGCUAUUAUUGUGUAUGAUGAACUAGGAGUAUAGCGGCAGGAAGCAUGAAUCUUAGGCAGGGGUCAAAAAUUAUUUUAUUUUUUUAAUGUCAUUUUUCAGUAGUUAAAAGUGUGCAAAAUUUAAUGUGGCCAUGAGAUACUAAAUUCAGGUGAAAGAAAAUGUGCCCACUGUUUGAAGGAUAAGCUGACUGAGCACUCGAUGUACCGCUUCCAGCUCACUUUAAUGAACUGUUCAUAAUUCUAUCCAUUUAGUCAUAGGGAUAAACAGUGUCUCUGAUUAAGAUGCUGUCUCCACUGAUGUUCAGUCUGUGAACUAUAUGGGAUGAUGCUGUUAUUUAUUUCAUUCAUAUUGUCAUAUUUAUGUGUUUCAUAUUCCCGUAAAUGCAUUUCAGUGUGACCUACUGUAGUUCGACAGUAGCGAAGGACUUAAUGCUGCUCCUCACUUGAGUUAAUAUCGCAUAAGAAAAAUUGACUUCAAUAUCAUGGUCAGAAUCUCAUAACAGAUAUGAACAGAUAGCACUGUUGCCCAUUCGGAAAACCCUAACACUGACGACCCAGUUUUUAAAAUGUAGAUGAUAUAAUUGUAACUAACUAAUAGCGUCUUCACAAGCAUAGGUUCUUCUGUUACGUCUGGGAACGAAAUGUUUUAAAUCAGGGACCUCAUUUAGUUAUUAUCUCACAUGAAUGCUGUUCGAAUUGCGCUUCUAAAACAGGUCCAAUUGUUUCCAAUAAUAAGUGAUAUGUUGGUAUUUUAGGACCUGUUGUCUGUCUGGUCAGUUUUUUUUUUUUUGUACCUUGGUCCUGUCCAGACAUGUCAGCUUUAUUUCUGUCAUUUUGGUACCUUUGGAAGAGACUGCUGGAGCCUGUUAUUUAGGUGCUUUGUCAUUGAUCUGCGACGAAGCGAGCCCCAGGGCUUCUACAGGGUCAUCCAAACUGCUCUGCCUGUUUUUGAAAGCUUUAUGGGACAAUGAAAAUGAUGGGAAAUGGCUGCCGUGACGACAUUCACUCAGAGGACAAUGGAAAGUUGUGAAGAUGAAGACCUCUUUUCAGUGUCAUAGUCCUGGUCAAGAGCUGUGACUCAGACUCGGGGACUGAUAUGCCUCGACUUACGCGUUAGAGAGAGGCGAGAAAUCUUAAUCUAAUGUCAAUCACUUCUUACUUAUAAGGUUACAAGAAAAUGCUGCCGUAUUAACGGCUUUAAUUAAUUGACAUUUUUUAAUUGUAAAAUUUAUAUAUAGUUAAAAUGUAUGUGUCAUUGACAUUUCCAUCGCAGUCUCGCAAUCCCCCUGCAAAGCCACCCCUAGGGGUUUGGGAAACCCUGAUUUAGACCAACUCAAGUGAUGUAGCUGAGGUUGAGGAACUGUCAAAGCCAGAAUUCACACACACCAUGCUGACAAUGCUGGCAUUUCUAAUUCUGUGUUUAUUUCCAGUAUUUCUGGUGGCAUACAUCACGUCCACUUUGAGUUUAAAUGCAAAAACAGAUAAUGGCAUUGUGAAUUCUCUAUUAAACAAACUGCUUCGUAAAUGCUGAUCUAAUCCAAAUUCUCUCCUGGUGAACUUUCCAACCAACCAAGCUCAGCUCAGCGAUGUUGGAGGUAGAAAUCUGCACUGUAUGCAUUUAACGCAGUGUAACACUCCCUCAUCAUCUGUCUCUAAUGCCAUGUGUUCAUACCAGCAGGACAACUGUUCUGUACAGAAAUUAAAGUGCAUGUGUUGUGAAGUGCCUCUUGCUUAUGGUUAAUCGUUAAGGAUUAACAGCACUGAGUAUUAAGAGUAACAAGUAUUUGUAUUGGUUUUGCAAUUACACUAAGAUGUAACAAGUUUGUUGCGAUUUAAAACCCAAAUGAAAGUUGAUUGAGACACUGUGGUCUGUUUUGAGGCUGUUUCCUUAGACAGCUGGCUGUCCAUGAAAGCGCCCGUUUAGUGUGAAAACAGUGGCAUUAUUCAGUAAAAAUAUAUGCUUCUGUCUCUUCUAGCAAACCAAGCUUUUUUUCUUAAUGCCUCAGUGGUUUGUUGUUUACAGAGAACAGUUUAUGGAUGGACCCAGGAUAGAGCCUUGUGGAACGCCCAAAGUCAAUGCUAAGUUUGGCUUCAGUGGACACAUACAGAGUUGUCCCGGCUUUUAAAGUUGUUUUGAAACAGUGAGCCAGUCAUCCAGUGCGUGCUCCUGCAGAGAAUAGGGGAUUUCUCUUAGCAGCUGAAUCAUUUGCUUGUGACACCCAAGGUCACUGCAGAGGCUCCGCGGAAAAGGGCAAACUAAAUCCCGUUGUGUCACUGCAGGGUUAUAAUUAAACAAGUGGCAGUCACAGACAAUCACCUGAUUAUGGAAAGGAGGAUUUGGGGUGUAUGACACUUGAGCAAGCCACCCGUGUGCAGUUGCGUGCCCCUUUCCGUAGCCACCAUAAUGUACUGCCUUUACACUAUUCCUUUUCCCUCCCUCUCUUUUCCCAUUUCACUGAUGGGCAGUUGACACUGCCAGUGACAGAAUGUCAGCAAGCAUCUCAGCCUAUUUUAAGUUGGGGGCUCUAUUGUGUGGGAGCUCGCAGACACAGAAACGAAGGCCAAUGUCUAGGGAUAUACAGAACAGCAGAACUUUACCACAGAUCAAUUUUGCAGUGUUUGGACUUUUAAAUACUAACCUCAUCAUAAUUUGUGGAUAGCAUGCUGUAAUUUAUGGUUUGAUUUGGUUAUUUGAACCGGACAUGGAAAGUCUUACGGUACUCUUUCGCUUCCUCUACGUGGGCUUCAUGCGAGACAGACAGAGGUGUCUCACGGAGCAAUGCCAGAAUCCAGAAAAAGGGUUCAACAGAAAUGAGGAGAUGAAGGCCAUCGAGGUGCUGCCUAUUCUGAAAGAGAGGGUGGCAUUUUUAUCAGGAGGUCGAGACAGACGAGGAGGCCCGGUUCUCACUUUCCCAGCCAGGACCAACCAUGACAGAAUAAGACAGGAGGAUCUGCGACGCCUCAUUGCCUACCUCGCAGGCAUCCCCAGCGAGGAGGUCAGCAGGCAUGGCUUCACCGUCAUCGUGGACAUGCGAGGCUCCAAAUGGGACUCCAUCAAGCCUCUGCUGAAGAUCCUGCAGGAGUCUUUCCCGUCCUGCAUCCACGUCGCGCUCAUCAUCAAACCCGACAACUUCUGGCAGAAACAGAGGACCAACUUCGGCAGCUCUAAGUUCGAGUUUGAGACAAUAAUGGUAUCUCUGGAGGGCUUGUCUAAGGUGGUGGACCCAUCACAGCUGACGGCCGAUCUGGAUGGAAGUCUGGACUACGAUCAUGACGAGUGGAUUGAGGUGCGCGUAGCCUUUGAGGAGUUUGCAGGUAAUGUGGCGCGCGCACUCGCCCGUCUCAAGGAGCUCCAGGAGCUGGUGUCACGCCGCGAUCUCCCUGCUGACCUGGAGGUGGCACGAUGUGCCAUGGACGAGCACAGUGCUCUGAAGAAACGUGUAGCCAGGGCUCCAACCGAGGAACUGGAGGCUGAGGGCCAACGGCUUCUGCAGCGUGUGCAGGCUGGCACGAAGACUGGUGGUGAUGUACAGGGCCUGACGCCCAAGGUCUCAGCUCUGCUGGAGGAGCUGCGCACUGCCCGCCAGCACCUGCACCAGGCCUGGCAUGGACGAAAGCUCAAACUGGACCAGUGCUUUCAGCUGCGGCUAUUUGAGCAGGACGCUGAGAAGAUGUUUGACUGGAUUGUUCACAACAAGGGCCUUUUCCUGACCAGCUACACUGAGAUUGGCGCCAACCACCAGCACGUACUGGAGCUGCAGACUCAGCACAACCACUUCGCUAUGAACUGCAUGAACGUGUAUGUGAACAUCAGCCGCAUCGUAGCAGUGGGCAAACGGCUCCUGGAGGGCGGUCACUACGCUGCAAUGCAGAUCCAGCAACUCUCAGCACAGCUCGAGCGAGAGUGGAAGGCCUUCGCUUCGGCGCUGGAUGAGAGAAGCGCCAUGCUGGAGAUGUCAGCCAGCUUCCACCAGAAGGCAGACCAGUACCUGAGUAAUGUAGAGUCGUGGUGUAAGGCAUGUGGUGAGGGUGAACUCCCCUCGGAGCUACAGGACCUGGAAGAUACCAUUCACCGCCACCAAGGUCUCUACGAGCACAUCACAGCUGCUUACUCAGAGGUGAGUCAAGACGGGAAAGCCCUGUUGGACAAACUCCAGCGCCCUUUGACUCAAGGCAGCGCUGAUUCAUUAACAGCAUCGGCCAACUACACCAAGGCAGUGAACCACGUCCUGGACAUCAUCCACGAGGUGCUGCACCACCAGCGGCAGCUGGAGAACAUCUGGCAGCACCGCAAACUCCGCCUGCACCAGCGUCUGCAGCUGUGCGUCUUCCAACAAGAUGUCCAACAGGUGCUGGACUGGAUCGAGAAUCAUGGCGAGGCGUUCCUCAGUAAGCACACAGGAGUGGGGAAAUCCCUGCACCGAGCCCGGGCCCUGCAGAAACGCCAUGAAGAUUUCGAAGAGGUGGCACAGAACACGUACACUAACGCUGAUAAGCUGCUGGAGGCGGCCGAACAGCUGGCCCAGACCGGCGAGUGCGACCCAGAGGAGAUCUACCAGGCCGCCCACCAGUUACAGGACCGGAUCCAGGACUUUGUGAGGCGUGUGGAGCAGAGAAAAGUCCUGCUGGACAUGUCUGUGGCCUUCCAUACUCACGGCAAAGAGCUGUGGACAUGGUUGGAGGAGCUGCAGAAGGAGCUGCUGGAUGACGUGUACGCUGAGUCGGUGGAGGCCGUGCAGGAUCUGAUCAAGCGUUUCGGGCAGCAGCAGCAGACCACACUGCAGUUUACCGUCAAUGUCAUCAAAGAGGGCGAGGAGCUCAUCCAGCAGCUCAGAGACUCUGCGAUCUCCAGUAAUAAAACGCCACACAACAGCUCGAUGGCACACAUUGAAAGUGUGCUGCAGCAGCUGGAUGAGGCUCAGGCUCGCAUGGAGGAGCUCUUUCAGGAGAGGAAGAUCAAACUGGAGCUCUUCCUCCAGCUGCGCAUCUUCGAGAGGGACGCCAUUGACGUGAUCUCGGACCUGGAGUCGUGGAGUGAUGAGUUGUCUCAGCAGCUCGGGGAGUUUGACACUGAGGAGUUGACUGUGGCUGAGCAGAGACUUCAGCAGCACGCAGAAAAAGCACUCACUAUGAACAACCUGACGUUCCACGCCAUCCACCAGGGCCAGGAGCUGCUGCAGUACGUCACUGAAGUGCAGGCCUCAGGUAUAGAGUUGUUGUGUGAUCGGGAUGUGGACAUGGCCACACGUGUUCAGGAUCUGCUGGACUUCCUGCACGAGAAACAGCAGGAGCUGGAUGCAGCAGCUGAGCAACACCGCCGUCACCUGGAGCAGUGUGUCCAGCUGCGUCACCUACAGGCUGAGGUCAAACAGGUCCUGGGAUGGAUCCGUAAUGGUGAGUCCAUGUUGAACGCUGGCCUGAUCACAGCCAGUUCUCUGCAGGAGGCCGAGCAGCUACAGAGGGAACAUGAGCAGUUCCAGCAUGCCAUUGAGAAGACACACCAGAGCGCACUGCAGGUGCAGCAAAAGGCUGAGGCUAUGCUACAGGCAGCUCACUAUGACGCCGAGACCAUCCGCGAGUGUGCUGAGAAGGUGGCCUCUCACUGGCAGCAGCUUAUGCUCAAGAUGGAGGACCGACUCAAACUGGUCAACGCUUCCGUGGCCUUUUACAAAACCUCAGAGCAGGUGUGCAGUGUAUUAGAGAGUCUGGAGCAGGAGUAUAAGCGGGAGGAGGACUGGUGCGGAGGAUCCGAUAAGCUUGGGCCAAACUCUGAGUCAGAUCAUGUGACCCCAAUGAUCAGCAAACACCUGGAGCAGAAGGAGGCCUUCCUCAAGGCAUGCACAUUGGCGCGACGCAAUGCGGACGUAUUUAUGAAGUACCUACACAGGAACAGUGUGAACAUGCCGGGCAUGCUGGCACAGAUCAAAGCUCCAGAACAGCAAGUCAAGAAUAUCCUGAAUGAGCUGCUGCAGAGGGAGAACAGAGUUCUUCACUUCUGGACGAUGAGGAAGAGGAGGCUCGACCAGUGCCAGCAGUAUGUGGUGUUUGAGCGCAGCGCAAAGCAGGCUCUGGAGUGGAUCCAUGACACGGGCGAGUUCUACUUGUCCACACACACAUCGACGGGCUCCAGCAUCCACCAUACACAGGAGCUGCUGAAGGAGCAUGAGGAGUUUCAGAUCACAGCCAAGCAAACCAAAGAGCGGGUGAAGCUGUUGAUCCAGCUGGCAGAUGGCUUUUGUGAAAAGGGCCACUCCCAUGCGGGCGAGAUCAAGAAAUGGGUGGUAUCAGUGGACAAGCGCUACCGCGACUUCUCACUCCGUAUGGACAAAUACCGCUGCUGUCUGGAAAAAGCGCUGGGGAUAUCCUCUGAUUCCAACAAGAGCAAAGACUUGCAGCUGGACAUCAUUUCGGCGAGCGUGCCUGGAGCUGAGGUCAAGCUCCGAGACGCCAAUCAUGAGCUCAAUGAGGAGAAGCGCAAGUCAGCGCGGCGAAAAGAGUUCAUAAUGGCUGAGUUGAUUCAGACAGAGAAAGCCUAUGUCCGAGACCUGCGCGAGUGCAUGGAUACGUAUCUUUGGGAGAUGACAAGCGGUGUGGAGGAGAUUCCUCCAGGGAUCGUCAACAAAGAGCACAUCAUAUUUGGCAACAUGCAGGACCUCUAUGAGUUCCACAAUAACAUUUUCCUGAAAGAGCUGGAGAAAUACGAGCAGCUGCCUGAAGAUGUCGGCCACUGCUUCGUCACGUGGGCGGACAAGUUCCAAAUGUACGUGAACUACUGUAAGAACAAGCCGGACUCCACUCAGCUCAUCUUGGAUCACGCCAGCUCCUACUUUGACGAGAUCCAGCAGAGACACAGACUGGCAAACUCCAUCUCCUCCUAUCUCAUUAAACCUGUGCAGAGAAUCACCAAGUACCAGCUGCUCCUCAAGGAGCUUCUGACCUGUUGUGAAGAGGGCAAAGGUGAGAUCAAGGACGGCCUGGAGGUCAUGCUCAGCGUGCCCAAGAAAGCCAACGAUGCCAUGCACCUCAGCAUGCUAGAAGGUUUCGAUGAGAAUCUUGAAUCUCAGGGCGAGCUCAUCCUGCAGGAAUCUUUCCAGGUGUGGGACCCGAAGACGCUGAUCCGCAAGGGCCGAGAUCGCCACCUCUUCCUGUUCGAGAUGUCCCUCAUCUUCAGCAAAGACGUCAAAGACUCCAACGGCAGGAGCAAGUACCUCUACAAGAGCAAGCUGCUGACCUCUGAAUUGGGAGUGACGGAACAUGUGGAAGGAGAUCCGUGUAAAUUUGCACUCUGGGUCGGACGCACGCCUACCUCAGACAACAAGAUCGUCCUGAAGGCCUCCAGUAUUGAGAAUAAGCAGGAGUGGAUCAAACACGUACGCGAGGUGAUUCAGGAACGUACCAUUCACCUGCGGGGGGCUCUGAAAGAACCCAUCCACAUCCCCAAAACCACCACAGGAGCAAAACUGAAGGGAAAAAGAGAAGGGGAGGAGCUGGACAGUCAGGGCGAUGUGAGCAGCCAGCCAGACACGAUCUCCAUCGCAUCCCGCACCUCACAGAACACCCUGGACAGUGACAAGCUGUCUGGUGGCUGCGAGUUGACGGUGGUCAUCCACGACUUCAUGGCCAGUAACGGCUCGGAGCUAAGCGUGAGGCGAGGUCAGACCGUGGAGGUGUUGGAGAGGUCUCAGGACAAACCCGAUUGGUGUCUGGUGCGUACCACUGACCGCUCACCUGCCCAGGAAGGCUUGGUGCCCAGCGCCACGCUCUGCAUUGCCCACUCUCGCAGCAGCAUGGAGAUGGAGGGGCUCUUCAACCAUAAAGACACCCUCUCCGUGUCUAGUAAUGAUGGGGGAAUAUCAGGCAGUGCCACCCUGCAGCCAGGGCACCUGCACGGCUCACCGGGUGCCAAGCGUCCAGGAAAUACCCUGCGCAAGUGGCUGACGAGCCCAGUGCGGCGUCUCAGCAGUGGUAAAGCAGACGGGCACGCCAAGAAACUCGCACAUAAGCACAAGAAGAACCGCAAGAGUGGCGAAUCUCAGAGGGACUCAGACGAGAACGCAGCGACACCACAGGAUGAGACUGUCGAGGAGAGGAUGCGAUACGAGGGCCUGAGCAGCGGCACACUUUCCAAAUCAUCCUCUUCAGGCAUGCAGAGCUGCGGAGAGGAAGAGGGUGAAGAGGGCGCCGAUGCCGUGCCCCUACCACCACCAAUGGCCAUCCAACAGCACAGCCUCCUCCAUCAGGACUCGCAGGAUGAAAAGGCUUCCCGUCUUUCCGGGCGGCCCAGCAGUUCAGAGACCCCCAGUGCUGCUGAACUUGUCAGUGCCAUUGAGGAACUCGUCAAGAGCAAGAUGAGUCUGGAGGAUCGGCCAAGUUCCCUCUCAGUUGAGCAUGUAGACAGCAACAGUCCCUCCUGUAACCCCUCAGAUAACUCCCUGCUCUCUUCUUCUUCACCUGCGGAGGAGCUGGAUGAACACAAGGCAGGCAUCUUCAAGAGGCGCCACUAUGUGCUUUUGGAGCUGGUGGAGACAGAGCGGGACUAUGUUAGAGACCUGGGUGCGGUGGUGGAGGGCUACAUGAACCGAAUGAAGGAAGAGGGGGUUCCGGAUGACAUGAAGGGCAAAGACAAGAUUGUGUUCGGAAACAUUCAUCAGAUCUACGACUGGCACAAAGACUUCUUCCUAGGUGAGCUGGAAAAGUGCCUAGAGGAUCCCAAUAGGCUAGCGCCCUUGUUCAUCAAACAAGAACGCCGGUUACACAUGUACAUCGUCUACUGCCAGAACAAGCCCAAAUCUGAGCACAUUGUCUCCGAGUACAUAGACACAUAUUUUGAGGAUCUAAAGCAGCGCUUGGGCCACAGGCUGCAGAUCACAGACCUGCUUAUCAAACCCGUGCAGAGGAUCAUGAAGUACCAGCUCCUGCUAAAGGAUUUCCUAAAGUUCUCCAAAAAGGCUGGUGUUGAUUCGGCAGAGUUAGAGAAAGCAGUGGAGGUCAUGUGUGUUGUGCCCAAACGCUGCAACGACAUGAUGAACGUGGGACGUCUCCAGGGCUUUGAUGGCAAAAUUGUAGCUCAGGGCCGGCUCCUCCUCCAAGACACAUUCAUGGUGUCGGAUCAGGACUCCAGCCUACUCUCGCGGGCCAAGGAGAGGCGCAUCUUCCUCUUCGAGCAGAUCGUCAUCUUCAGUGAGCCACUAGAUAAGAAGAAGGGCUUCUCUACUCCAGGCUAUCUGUUCAAGAACAGCAUCAAGGUCAGUUGGUUGGGCCUGGAGGAGAGUUCAGACAGCGACCCCUGUAGGUUCAUUCUCACAUCGAGGUCAUCCACAGGGGUCACCGAGCGCUUCGUCCUCCACUCUUCUAGCCCGGCCGUGUGUCAUGCAUGGGUACAGCAGAUCAGCAGCAUCCUGGAGAACCAGAGAAAUUUCCUCAAUGCACUAACGUCUCCCAUCGAGUACCAGCGGAACCACGUGGGCGCGAGCACUUCCAACCCGGGCACCAGCGUUGCCGUCAGCUCCCGACCUCGUGGAUCCAGAAUUCCCCAACCCAUGCAGCCCCACCCCCCAUCAGCCUCAGGUACGUUUCCUGAGACGUUUGGGACACGCCCGCUCGAGGUCCCCUUGAAUGAGCAGCGUGAGGAGGCUCGUUCAGUUCCUCGAGCUGCGGUGUCCCCAAUGUCCCUCGCUUUGUCCAGACCUCUAUCAGGGCUCCCUUCACCACUAAUCUCACCUUCAACAAACCCCCUGAGUUCAUGCCACUCCGGCCCUAAACCCUCCUCGUCCUCCAUUUGGGCGUCAGUUCCAGAGCAGAACCAGAAGCGCAAGGAACCGGACCGCGUCAGCACAUGCUCGUCAGCCAGCGAGCAAUCCCUGCACAGCAACGGGAGUGAAAGCAGCAGCAGCAGCAGUAGCGGCGUGUCCACCAUGUUGGUGACGCAGGACUACGUGGCUUUAAAAGAGGAUGAGAUCAGCGUGCAUCAGGGCGAGGCUGUGCAGAUCCUGGCUUCCAACCAGCAGAGCAUGUUCCUGGUGUUCCGAGCUCCCACAGAACAGGGCCCAGCAGCCGAGGGCUGGAUCCCCGCCCACGUGCUGGGCCACACCUCCAUCCGUGCCCCUGACUACACCAACAGCACCCUCAAGAAAUCAUCGUCAUGGCACACAGCGUUGCGUAUCCGCCGCAAGUCAGAGAAAAGAGAAAAGGAGGGACGGAAAGAGUGCCGGCAGGAGAAUAAGGUUUCUGUAAAGCUUCUGAAUCCGAACUAUAUCUACGAUGUUCCUCCGGAGUUUCUGGUGCCGCUGGGCGAUUUGGUGUGCGAGAGCGGAGAGAAUGUGACCUUGCGCUGUAAGGUCGGAGGUCAGCCGAGAGCCUCAGUCUCCUGGCGAGGACCAGAUCAGAGCACGCUGAGUGACGGAGGACGGUACACACUGACACACAGUGAGACGGGUGAGGUGACCCUGCGCAUUUCACCUGUUACUGUAGAGGAUGGCGGGACCUACACCUGCACCGCUGCCAACGAUGUCGGGACGGUCACUUCGUCCACCUGCCUCAGAGUGCAAGGUACCUACGGUGAAGGAAUCAUCUGGAAGGAGAAUUUUGAGUCGCUCUACACUGAAGUGAUGGAGCUCGGGAGAGGCAGGUUCUCCGUGGCUAAGUGGUGUGAGCAGCAAGGUUCACGGCGCUCAGUGGUAGCGAAGCUGGUGAACAAGAAGCUGAUGCGUCGUGAGCAGGUGAUGAGGGAGCUGAAUGUGCUUCGCUGCCUGCAGCAUCCCAAUGUGGUGGGCCUGCUCGAUACGUUUGAGACCAACACCAGCUACGUGCUCGUGCUAGAAAUGGCCGAUCAGGGUCGUCUCCUGGACUACAUUGUGAGCUGGGGGAACCUGACUGAGGAAAAGGUGGCUCUCUACCUGCGGGACAUAUUAGAAGCUUUACACUACCUACAUACCUGCAGAAUAGCUCAUCUCGACCUGAAGCCCGAGAAUAUAGUGGUGGAGCAGGCAUCUGCUCAUUCUCUUGUCAAGCUGACGGAUUUCGGCGAUGCCAUGCUCCUAUCCUCUUCCCCCUACAUCCACCCUCUGGUGGGCAGCCCUGAGUUCAGCGCACCUGAAGUGGUGCUGGGUGAGCCAGUGGCUUUAACUUCCGAUCUUUGGAGCGUGGGUGUUCUGGCGUAUGUGUUGCUGAGUGGCGCCUCCCCAUUCUUAGACGAGAGUGCCGAGGAGACUUGCCUCAACAUCUGCCGUCUGGACUUCAGCUUCCCCGAAGACUAUUUUGGAGGUGUGAGCAGGGCAGCGCGUGAUUUUGUGCGUUUGCUAUUACACUCCGAAGCAGCCAGGCGACCCUCGGCUCAGGCCUGCCUGCAGGGUGAGCCAUGGCUCCGUCCCCGAGCUGCCUCCGGUUUGGUUCGUCUCGACACAGCGCGACUUGUGGCCUUCAUUGAGAGGCGCAAGCACCAGAGUGACUUGAGGCCAAUGGAUAACCUGAGGACAUUUUUAAGAAGCCGGCUGCUGGGUAAGGCAUGACAGAGCAUGGAGGGUACUCCCUAAAGACCUGGUCCUCUUGUAUAGAGCGACGUAAUGGCGUAAUGGAAAUGGGUUCCUCGGGCAGGUAUGAGGGAGCCUAGAGCAAGAAGGAAGGCUGGAGCUCGGAAGGACCCUUGACAGUGGAGGAAUCAAAGGUGCAAGAGGCAAGCUGUAAAUCUGAGCCUUCGGUAUGAGUGAGCCAGCGAUUAAGCCCCAGCAAUCACCACAUCCCUCGAGAGUCCCUGUCUCAAGUUUCUUCAUGAUGCUAAGCCCACCUGCUUCUCUCUUGAAUACCUGGUGGAAAGGUCCAGAAAAACACACUGGAUUCCUUAGGCAGCUGAGAGGGAGUUUGGAAGAUGGAGGGAGCAUGGAGGAACUCAGAUGUCCAGCAACCACCUCAUCCUCUGCAAAUUAGAAGAUCGGAGACUUCUGACAUUUUGGGCGAAAAUUCCAAGAAUUUUGAAAGCUCCAAAUGAAGAAUGUGAGCAAAAAUCUUACAUAAAUGGAAAUCUAACUGGAAUCUCAUCCUCUUUUUUAAAGCCACGUUCCACAGUAAAGUGGCAUGUUGUUUGUACACUGCUGCUGCUGCUGCUGACAAAACUCGAACAACUGCUUCCCAACCCUUGAAAACACUUAGACCCUGAAUUUGGAAGUAAAUCCAAAUCACAUCAGCCUCAUUAUCAUAUCCUCUUUGUACAAAAAAUGCCCAGAAGCACAAACGAGACUUUUUGAGAGUUUUCUUCUAUGAGCCAGUAAAGGGCAAGCCUUUUGUUUUUGACAGUAUUUUGAAUCAGGUUGUUGCAGUACUGUAUAGCUGUAUUCAGGAAAGCAUUUUGUAUAAAAUAUGUAUAGAAGCACAGCAAAGGAGUUCUUUGACGUUUUGGAGUACAAAAAACAUACAAGAUUAUAUAAAGCGGGAGAAAUGAAACUGGUUACGCAUCAACUUCCCAUUCAUUUUGGAAUUGUUGUAGCUAUGGAUUCAUAAAGCUCAUUGAACAAGUUUUUUUUUCUGGAAAUAUUGCAAGUAAGAGGAACAAAUCUGUACAUUUUUUAAAAUUUCUAUUUUGUCCAUUGGAAAUAAAGAAACUGUAGCCGCACCAGUUCACGUUGGAUCGUUCAAUAUUUUUUUUUAACACACCUCGUCAAUGAUUUCUCACCAUUUCACUUUACUUGAAUCCCCAUCGCCAUCUUAAAGGAAAAAUCCACCCUGAACGACUUGCACAUUAAUCUUUAUACUUAACGUGAUCUUUGAUGCUGUCCAGGAUUUAUUCUGUAAUGAAAUUCUAAAAGUUUUUUUUGUUUUAACUUUUUGUGGUCUUUUAGUUUGGUUAAUGAUUUGCUAUUUGACUACCUGCUGAUAGUGGUGAUUUUGCCUUCGCUUCAUCCGUACUCUCUCACUGCUGUAAGAUGGUGAGAAAAGAAGCUCUUUUGUAUUUAUGAGCUAACAGCAAACCUGACAGUUAUCAAUUAUGUUUGAGAUUUUUCUCCAACCAACAAAUCGCUAAGUACAUCACAAAUAUUCCAAUAUUAGCAUACUUAAUGUGCUUCCUUGUGUAGUUUACUAUUGAUUCUAACUAAUUAGCUUGCUAGCUAGCUUAGCAAGCAGGAUGCUUUUCAGUUUUGUGACACGGUUGACAUACACCUUCGGUUUGUGAAGAGAAAUUGACAAGGCAGUGUUUAAUUUUUUUUUUUUUUUCAGAAAUGCAGCGAUGUAUUUGAUUUCAGAUGCUUUUGCAUUGGCUGAAGUACACCUUCGACUUACCAGGUACACAGGAACAUUGCGUAAAUGUGCACUCGUAUUUUGUUGGAACUGUCUAUGUGCAAUGUUUGGGAUUUUUGCAGCUAUUUAUGAUAAGUGGCGUUAAACCUGCUGAUGUUGAGUAUGUGUAUAAGCCACUAUAAAUUAAUCUCGGAUGUGUUUGUGGCUCUUUCUUGCUAAGUUCCCUGUGUUCAGUAUUAUUUUGUGGAAGCUAAGUUGUUUGUAUCUCUGUUGCACUUGUUUAUAUUUGAAUGUUAUGACUUCUCAUUAUUCUUAUACCAAAGUUAACCUUUUACGCACCUACACAUGGUUUCACAGUAAUGAUUUAAGAAAAAAAAAAAACAAUGACGAUGCAGGCGUUUAUGUAGAUUAAUCUUUAUUUAUUGUCUUGUUGUGUGUUUUUUUUAACUGCUAAGAUAAUGGAAGUAGUGCUACAUCUUACAAUCAUUUCAACACAUUCUCCAAGCAUUUUAAUAUUUGUCCUUUAUAAAAGACGUAAAGAUGUAUAUUUGCAUGGAUAAACAAAGCCUGUCUUUCGUUACUUCAAGAUUGUAAAACCCAUCAGGGCUAAUCUCUAAUUAUAGUUGUUUUAAUGUUGUUUAGUUCCUGUUUAAAGUCAGGUUGUCGUGAUUUUACUAAAUUUUAAGCUGUGUCAGUAAGCAUGGGUCAAAACAAGGUCAGUUUUUGUUGUUUUGUUCUAAUUUAUUUGGUCAUUUUGUAUAGCUGUACAGAUUCAAACAACCGUAAAGACCCGCAUAGCUACGUCAUAUUUUAUACAUGCGAUUAAAAUUCCAUUUUGAAUGCUUUUGGCUCCCACAUUUGUGUGUAAAUUUCUUUGUACAGAAACCAUAUGUUUGCACAUUCUGUGCUGUACAUAUUUUAUUGAGAUUAAACACAUAAAACAUUUUAUUGGUAA